AUGGAAAAGCUGCUCUGUAACCUGCUGGUAAUUGGAAUGGCUGUUACCGUCUAUGCUUGCCCCAAAUACUGUGUGUGUCAAAACCUGUCUGAAUCAUUGGGAACGCUCUGCCCCUCCAAGGGUCUUCUCUUUGUCCCACCAAACAUAGACCGGCGGACAGUCGAAUUGCGGCUGGGAGGCAACUUCAUUCUAAGUAUAAAUCGACAGGAUUUUGGCAAUAUGACAGGCCUUGUUGACCUAACUCUAUCCAGGAAUACCAUUGAUUACAUCCAGCCCUAUUCCUUUGCUGAUCUGGAAAGCCUUCGGUCAUUGCACUUGGACAGCAACAGGUUGACCAGAAUUGGGAGUAAUGACUUCAGGGGCCUGCUGAACCUGCAGCACUUGAUACUAAACAACAACCAACUGAACAGCAUCUUAGAUGAAGCAUUUGAUGACUUCUUGCUGACUUUAGAAGAUUUGGACCUUUCCUAUAAUAACCUUGUGAGUCUCCCAUGGGAAGCUCUGGGUAAGAUGAUUAACCUACACACUCUCAGCUUGGAUCACAAUCUCAUUGACUACAUCCCCGAGGGAACCUUCACAGAUCUGCUGAAACUGGCCAGAUUGGACCUGGUUUCUAACAGGCUACAGAAGCUACCCCCUGACCCAAUCUUUGCAAGAUCAGAGACGUUCGUACUAUCAACCACCCCGUACUUUGCACCAUUGUCUCUAAGCAUUGGCGGAAACCCGCUGCACUGUAACUGUGAGCUCCUCUGGCUCCGAAGGCUUAGUCGUGAGGAUGACAUGGAAACCUGUGCUUCUCCAUCUCACCUGAAAGGAAGGUAUUUCUGGUACGUGCCGGAGGAAGAGUUUGUGUGUGAGCAACCACUCAUUACUCAGCACAGCCACAAGGUCCUUGUGUUGGAAGGUCAGACAGCCACAUUGAGAUGCAAGGCCAUUGGCGAUCCAAAGCCCGUCAUCCAUUGGGUAGCACCGGAUGACAGAAUCCUAGGCAAUUCCUCAAGGACUGUCAUCUAUGACAAUGGCACCUUGGACAUUCUAAUUACCACUUCGAAAGAUUAUGGGACCUUCACCUGCAUUGCAGCCAAUGCAGCCGGUGAAUCGACUGCUUCAAUAGAGCUGUCCAUUGUCCAGCUUCCUCACCUGAGCAAUGGCACAGGCCGGGCCGUACAGCCGGGCUCCAGGUUGUCUGAUAUCACAAGCUCUUCCAAAACAUACAGAGGAGAAACGAUGUCAAAACCAGAGAAAGUGGUCAAGGUGUACGAUGUGACUGCCAGCACUGCCUUGGUCAAGUGGUCAGUGGGCAGAUCUGCCCCAAAGGUUAAAAUGUACCAAUUUCAGUACAACAGCUCAACUGAUGAAGUCUUAGUUUACAGGAUGAUCCCUGCUUCGAAUAAAGCCUUUGUGGUGAAAAACUUAGUGCCCUCCUCGAAUUACGACCUUUGUGUCCUGGCCAUAUGGGACGACACAUUGACCACUCUGACCGCCACCAACGUGGUGGGCUGCGUCCGGUUCACGACCAGUGAGGAUUACACCCAGUGCAAGUCAUUCCACAGCCAGUUCCUGGGCGGGACCAUGAUCUUGAUCAUUGGGGGCAUCAUUGUGGCCUCUCUGUUGGUCUUUAUCAUCAUUCUGACGAUCAAGUACAAGCUGUGUAACGGUCAGGAGAAGUUACCCGACGUUAACAAUGUUUGCUCGCAGACCAACGGCGGGCAGCCUGUGCUGAACGGGAUCUUGCCCCAACUGAACCCUAAGGUGGUGGGGCGGGACGAGAUGUUGGAGUUCAACUGCGGGUCUAUCCACAGCAGCAUGUCCUCCUCCACCGGCUCGAGCCAGGACUGUGAGGACUGCUACAGCCUGAACAGCAACGCCAGCACCCUUUCCAAGAAAUGGAGGCACAGGUCCAAAUCCCGACACAACAUUGACCGCCUUAUGGGUGCGUUCGCCUCCCUCGACUUGAGAUGCCAGAGAAAGGAAGACAAUUGCGAGUCGAGAGCGUCCACGCUGGCUCACUAUUCAGACAAAGAGCCUCUGCUGGGCCACAGCGAGUCCAGACUGAAUAAGCUGCUCACCUUGCCCAUGGAGGUGAAGACGAAACGCAGCCAUUCCUUUGACAUGAGUGACUUUGCCACGACACCAUGCUACAACUACCCGAGGAGAAUAACAAACAUCUGGACUAGGAGAAGCCUGUCUGUGAAUGGGACGCUCUUGCAGUACGACGAGGAAGACCUCGAGAGUACAAAGGGGAUGUACUGUAGCUCGGAGUGGGUGAUGGAAAGCACGGUUUAAGGGUGUCACUGGUGGGACAUUACUGCAAAGCCCGCCAAGACCUGGUGUGAGGUGAGGAGAGGGCAUUGGGGUCUUAGAAAGCCUGGGCGACGCAUUACCAGAAAACGGGAUUGGACCUCCAAGGAGGUUCAGAAAAAGGAGGGAGAAAAUAGAAGUGCUCUGCCCAUCACCCUUUACUGUGGUCACCAUUUCCCAACAAGGCAGAUGAACCCGAUAAGCCGUGUUUUUGAUUUCAGCCAAACAGUGUCCAGGACGUAAAGGGACCCUCAUCAUUCUCACAGUCUGU